AUGGCCGAGCACACCAGAAUCAUCAACCUAAUCCUACACCACCGCAACGACGACCUGGCUCUUCUCACGCACCACCACCGCCGCCCCCUCCGCCAGCGAUCAAGAAACCGACUUACCGCUUGGGCCGAGGGCGGUCGGGACGAGAUGAUUCAGCACGGAAAACAAUCGCGAGACGAUGUUGACAUCACUGAGCUUUCGAGUUUGUUUCAGGAAUUCGUUCACUCAGUUGUCGAGGCUCGCUUAUCACCAGCUGAUGCAGGUACCUGCGUCAAGGAAAUCCUCGGUGACGAAACGACGGAGAUUAUUAAGGAUUCAUACGCGUUCGCUCCCCACACUCUAUUUCUUGACUCUCUAUCCAUCGUUAUGGAUAAUGAGCCCGUUAUUUACCGGCCAACCCUCCGGGAGUUUGUUCUGACAGCUGGCAUAUCUUCAAAUUUGAUGCGCCAAGUGCUCGACCAUGAAGUCUUGCAGCAGCUGGGGCUUAUUAGAGAUAAUUUCGUCAAACUGGGUAUCAAGCAGGCGACGAAUCUUCUCUAUCGACAAGCCAACUACAACUUGCUUCGCGAGGAAACCGAAGGAUACUCCAAGCUUAUCACAGAAUUAUUCACAACUAGCAGUGUGGCGCCUCCCCCUCCAGAAAUGGCCGAACAAACCUUUGAACGAAUCAAGGCAUUGAUAGGUACUUUUGAUCUCGACGUCGGAAGAGUUUUGGAUGUGACUCUUGACGUUGCAGCUGCUGUACUGAUAAAACAGUUCAAGUUCUUUGUCAAGUUUCUCCGGGUCAGCUCUUGGUGGCCACGCUCUCACCUCAAGUUCAGCGCUGCAGUUUAUGUCGGCGGCUUGCCUUUGUGGGCCACCCCAGAGUACUCACAGUGGACAACAACAGAAGAGGAUGAGAAGCUUUUGGAGGAGAAGAAACGGGUUCGUGAUGUUGCAUUCUGGAGUCGAGCUCGAGAAGUGCAUAUCGCGGCAUUCUUUGAGUUGGGCGGCCGACAAGUGGCAGAUUCCGACUCUCAGCAACUAACCAUUACCAACGGGUCCCCAGGCGAAGACGCUGCGGCCGAUAUCGAGCGACAGUGGGUUCAGGAAACCAAGACACUACCACCUCCGGGCAACCGUACGGCCGCGCAGCUGCUUGGUUUCAAGCUGCGUUUCUACAACUCAGACGCCAGAGAUGAAUCAGACGUCCUUCCUGCGAACCUGCUCUAUCUGGCAGCCCUUCUCAUCAAGAUCGGCUUUAUUUCCCUGACCGACCUCUACCCCCAUCUCUCACCAGCCGACGAAGAUAUGGAAAUGGUCCGCGAGAAAGAGAUGAAGAAGAUUGAAGAAGCAGAACGAACCGCCAAAGGUGGACCGAUGAACGCUCUUCUCAUGGCUGGUGUUUUGCCCCAGGGCGACGACGAUAAUCCAAACGGGUCAAAUCUACCUCGACGGGAGCUUCCCAAGAAAACCGAAGCUGACGCUAAAGAAGCUGCAGCAGAGGGGGCAGACAGCAAACCAAAGUUGCCUGAACCCUUGGAACAAAAGGUGGCGUUGCUCACCCAGUUGUUGACUAUUGGCGCCAUUCCCGAAUCGUUGUUUAUUCUCGGCCGCUUCCCCUGGAUACCCGAGGUCUUUCCUGAAGUGCUGGAAAGAAUUCAUCGCGUUCUUCACUAUUCUGUCGACAAAGUCUUCCACGACAGCCGACCUAUUGUGAAUUAUCGAUAUUAUUGGGAUGAAUGGGCGGACAAUAUUCCCGUCUGCCAAACCGUGGACGACAUCUUCACCCUGUGCGGAACGCUGCUCAACAUUUCCGGUGUCAACAUUGGCAAGGAUGAGGUGCUAUUGACCAAGUUGGCCAGAAUUGGAGCCAAGAGUCUUGGAGAGGACAGGUCCGAGCACAACCUCAGUCGAUGGCACGACCUCCUCCGACGGCUUUUGUUGCCAGCGUUGAGUCAUACCAAGGCCAAUGCUUCUGCCGUUAAUGCGAUCUGGGAACUCAUGAGGCACUACCCCAUGACUACCCGCUAUUCCAUGUAUGCUGAGUGGUUCGAGGGUCAAAUCUCUCGACUGCCUGCUAUGAAGGCAGCUUUUGCAAAGGCAACAUCAGAGACUCGAGGCACCAUGAAGCGAGUUUCUCUUACCAACCUCAGCGAAAUGGCCAAGCAACUCGCCAAGACCAGCUACUCGUCUCCUGGUAUCGUGUUCCGAGUUGCUUUCGAACAACUGGAAUCCUACCCAAACCUGAUCGAUGCUUUUGUGGAGUGCGCAAAGUACUUUACAGACCUGUCUUAUGAUGUGCUUGUGUGGUCCCUGAUGAGCUCUCUCGGAAAGUCCAGGAGUCGUACUCAAGCCGAGCACGCCCUCACUACCAGUAAAUGGUUACAAGCCUUGUCAAGAUUCUCCGGUAGAGUCUUCCGACGAUACACCGUAUUGAACGCCACGCCAGUUCUUCAAUAUGUCAACGACCAGCUGAUCAAGGGCAACUCUACUGACCUUAUCAUUCUCAAGGAGCUCAUCACUUCCAUGGGUGGAAUUGUGGAUUCAGUUGAUUUCACAGACCAUCAAAUCAUGUCAAUGGCUGGAGGUGAAUACUUGCGACGGCAUACUCUGAUCCGCGGUCAAGAUAAGCGAUUUGACAACAUCAAAAGCUCAAAGCGUCUUAUCCAGGCUUUGACCGACUCCAAACUUGCUGCCCAGCUUCUCAUCAGCCUAGCACAGUACCGACAAGCAGCACUCUUCCAGGUGCCAGAGGAUGAAGCUCACAUCAAGUACCUUUCCUCGAUGAUUGAUGACUCUCACCGUAUUUUGAUCCAAUAUCUGGACCUACUCUGGAGCAACAUGGAACCGGCCAGCUUCGAUAGUCUUGUCCCUUCCAUUCCCGAACUCAUUAAUUCAUACGGUCUGGAUGUCGGCCUCGCAUUCAUGAUAGGUCGGGCAAGUCUUGCCCACCGCAUGUUCCCUUGGAAGCAAAAGAAGGUUGAAGAGACCAAAGAAAAGUCUCAAAUUGCGCAGUCUACGGACAAGGAAGGGGACGUCACCAUGUCCGACACGCCCGUUACAAAUGGCGGCAAUGACACACCCGGUCAAGAAACACCACAGGCCGACGACCAGACACAAAAAUCUGAAGACAGUUCUCUCAUCAAAUCAGCACUGCAGCCUCUGGUGGAAAGCAUUCAAGAUGCUGCCCGUCCUGAGACUUGGCAGAAGAUUACCCCAGAUCUCUAUGUGACCUUCUGGGCUCUUCAGCUAGGCGAUCUCUACUGUCCCGAUAGGAUUUACAGACAAGAGAAAGACCGUCUCAGAGCCGAGGACCUUGCCAUCUCACGAGAUCGCAGCGACAUGUCAAGACGAGGACAAGAACGCAAAGUGGAAAAACGAAAGGAGCUUAUGCAGCUUCAGAUCGGUCUUUCCGAAGAAUGCGGCGAACACCUCCUGCGACAGGCAAAGUGGAAAUAUUUCCUGAGCAAGCAGUUUCAGUCUUCAUUCCCAGAGCCUCGAGCUAAACCAGACAGCAUUUCCGACACGUUGCUUGAACAGUGCUUCCUCCCUCGCCUGCUUCUAUCCAAAGCUGAUGCCGAGUACACAUACAAAUUCAUCAAAGCGCUUCAUGAAGGCAAUGCUCCAGGCUUCCAGUUGAUGUCCCUCUACGACCGACUAUUCAAUGCCAACCGCUUGAGGUCUCUCAUUUUCACAUCAACUGUUAUGGAGGCCGAAUAUCUUGGUCGUUUCUUGAGGUUGAUUCUGGAAGACUUGUCACGUUGGCACAAGAACGCAACUGUCCCCAAUGAGAAGGACAAGUCCAAGGAUCAGCCCAGGCUCGGUGCAUAUGACAAGGAAGGCAAGGGAUCGAGCGAUCAGCCUCGUCUUGGGUUUGCUUUGACUUUCGACGACAACGGAAAGCCCUUGACAUUUGUAGAGCACGAACAGUUCCGGGAUAUGCUAUUCCGCUGGCACAAGAACCUCAACAGUGCCCUUCGUUCCUGCUUGGAAGGCGCGGAGUGGAUGCACAUCCGAAACGCCAUCACAGUUCUCAAGGCGGUCCUUGACUUCUUCCCCGCGAUCGACUUUAUGGCAUCCAAAUUCUCUUCGCUCCUUCAGACUAUCACCAAACAAGAGUCUACUGCAAAACCGACACCGGACAGUGAGAUUGGUGGACGUGUCGACCUUUCAGUCGCCGCACAAGGUGCAAUGUCAGAACUUCAAAGGAGGAAAUCCAAAUGGGUCAUGGUGCAGGCUUUCCGCCCUGGUGGUGCCGGGCCUGCCCAGAACGAAUCAGAAAAGGCGUCUCUACGUGCGACUGCGCCUGAGUUCAAGCCUGGCUCCGCAAACCCACAGGCCCUGCGAAGGACUUGCUACCCGCUAAGCCAGGGUCGUCCCGAGAAUCCAACUCGGCCAAACGUGACCAAACACCUUCAGGACCUCGCGCCGCAAACACAAGUUCAGGAGCGGGAUCAUCCGGGAAGCAUGAUUCUCGGCCUAAUACGUUGCCUGAACGCCCGCCUCAUACCCUCCCCAGCCGACCUGAUGUGCCUAUCCCUGCUCACUAUCCUUCUGAUCGAUUCAGCCAAUCUAGGAGCCAUGAGCGUCGUGAUGGUAAGGAGCCUCGAGACGCACGCUCCAGAGAUUCGCGCGAGCCUAGAGAAACUCGUGACACACGGGAUCAGCGAGACUCGCGAAAUUUCGACCCUGCUCGUCCAGAGCGUCCUCGCGAGUUUCCUGACCGACGAUCACAGGAGCACGGUAGAGAGCCAUCUCGAUCUGAUGGAGGACGUCGCAGCGAGCAUGAGCGAGAACGGCCCCGAGACACUAAGAGCAGUAGAGGCCACGAUCAUGGCCGUUUGA